UCUCUGGAAAACCCGGACGGAUUCCACGGAACGGAGUCUUUCUCGCUCGACACCCGGUCUGCGGAGGUCGGGGCAUAAAGUUGCACAUUGGAGGAACACUCAGAACAGUGCACGAGCUAGACAAUGUUCUGACAUCCAUCCGCAUAAAUCUUUAGUGGUUCAUCGCAUAAAUAUCGUAGUCUGUAUUGUGCAAGACGCAUCAUGUUUGUAGAUCCGAAACUCGCGCUCCGCUCCGCGUUUUCUACAGCCAGCCAGCUUUAAGGGAACGACGGCAAGGAAAACAAACAGGUCGAUAGAAGAAAGAUCGGUUGCCGGUGGUCAGUCGGUCGGAUGCAGAGGUUAUCAAACGUAAAUCUCUUAUUUGCAUGCUGUAAAAGUGCACCGGUCGCAGGUCCUGAACGUGCGAGUUCACGUUGUACAUGAACGCGGAUCAAGUGGUGAAAUAUGUGGAUGCGCUCCAGAUCUGUGAAAAUGUCGCACGUUCGGCCCGUGAUAAUAUUCGCAGAGCGCAAGGUCUGUCCGUUCGCGUUUUGCUGUUUUUAAAGCGACAUUAUUGUUCAGCGUGAUUAUACUUUCAUUGAUACAUGAACUAUGCAUACUCGGCGGGUGGUGAAGCGUUCGGUCAUCGGAACCCGCGUAUACGCGCCGGGUUCACCGGGAGACGCGGCACCGCUCACGGGAGUCAUUCAGGCUGUCAAACAGGACAACAGAGAUGCUGCGGCCGGUCACCGGCGCAACGUGUACACGGUGCUGAUGCAGGACGGGAGCUUAAAAGAGUACACGGAGGAAGAGAUCGCGCAGAUGACUGCGAAAGCGCCGUUAAAGUCCAGUUUGAAGCAGAGCACCUGUAACGGUGGCCAGCGGGACGGACACACGGCGGGUCAGAAUGGAGGAGUACAGAGGGGAGAGACGCCCUGCUUCAGCCCGGAGAGCGCAGAUGAGUCACGGGUGCUGGAGCACAAGAGGACGGGUCGAGCGGUUGAGCAAGAGAAGGAAACCACUCGCUCGGUUUCUCUACUGGAGCAGAAGCGAAAGGUGGUCUCAUCCAGCAUCGACGUACCACAGGCCAGGAAGUCAGAGGAGGAGUUGGAUAUGGACAAGGUGACAGCUGCCAUGGUGUUGACCAGCCUGUCCACGAGUCCGCUGGUACGAAGUCCUCCUGUAAAAGUCAAUGAAGGUCUGAACGGUUCGUGGAAGGACGGAGGCUUCACCCCAUCCAGCUAUAGCAGCAGUGGAUAUUGGAGCUGGAGCGCACCCAGCGACCAGUCGAACCCGUCCACACCGUCCCCGCCCCUGUCCGCCGACAGCUUCAAACCGUUUCGAAUGCCCAGCCUCAACGGCCCGCCCGACGACAACAUCGAUGAGCACGACGGGAACAACCUGCUGUUCGACGAACCCAUCCCCCGAAAACGCAAGAACUCCAUGAAGGUGAUGUUCAAGUGUCUGUGGAAGAACUGUGGGAAGGUCUUGAGUACGGCUGCUGGGAUCCAGAGGCAUAUUCGAACCGUGCAUCUUGGGCGUAACUGUGAGUCCGAGUGCAGUGAUGGUGAGGAGGAUUUCUACUAUACUGAGAUUAAGCUGAACACCGACUCUGUGGCGGACGGUUUGAGCAGUCUGUCUCCUGUGUCCCCGUCUGUGCUGUCCUCUCCACCACCUCUGGACCAGAGAUCACCGGACAGCACCAACGGCCCGAAGAACGAGAACAGCCCCAGCACCCCUCUCAGUCGCUCUGCUCCCAGUGCACUCUACCUAGUGCACACAGACCACGCCUACCAGGCCACCGCCCCAGUCACCAUCCCAUCAACCAACUCCACCGGCUUUACACCAUCCAGCAGCAGUUUCAGUAUCUCCUGGCAGUCCCCACCCGUCACAUUCACUGGCACCUCUGCUUCACCCACUCACAGCCGGACUCAGGGCUUUGGUGAGCAACGCUCUCAGACCAUUGCAGUGAUCUCAUCUCCACCCAGAGCCGCAGGUUCCCUCAGGAAGUCACGCGGCGAGGGGAAGAAAUGUCGUAAAGUCUAUGGCAUGGAGAACAGGGACAUGUGGUGCACGGCCUGCCGCUGGAAGAAAGCCUGCCAGAGAUUUGUUGACUGAAACAGCUGUGAUAGCUGAGACGUAUAAACAGGGUGGGCUUCCCGUGCAUGCGUACCAUAAUGAAAAUAAAAAGCUUUCCUUUUCUUUGUUACUGACCACAGCCCCGCCCUGCUUUAUCCUAAACCCAUAUGAAGCCGGAGGUCAAACCUCACUCCUGAACCAACAGACUGUCUCUCUUUCUUUCUUUCUUUCUUUAUGAAGUUUCUCUUUGAGGCGAGAUGCUUUGCACUGCGAAAAAAAAGAAAAAUCUUGACUUUGUUUGUGAAAUACUGCUUAUAAAGCCAUCCAGUCAAUGCCUGGAGGACCAACCUCUGUCCGAGGUCUUUUCAAAGAGUACAAAACUCUCUCGGAGACUUUGAGAGCACUAUGAAACCGAAUGGAAAAUGUGUUUUUUUUCUUCUCUGUGUACAUUUUUCUCCUGCCCAUUUUACUAAAGGUUAAGGGUCGGACAGCCUGAAAACCCUGUUUCUUCAAGAAUGUAACACCACAGGGAUUUGUUUUAGGAUUUGUAAGGUUGAGUGGACGUCUCCCCUGAGUGGGAAUUCAUCAAUGCAAAAAAUGAAGCUAUGGCAAGCAAAAUGGAUAGAAAAAGACUUUCAGCCGUGCCGUCACAAGCAAUUACAUCUACGAUGGAGGGAUUUUAUAUCUCUGCUUUUAUAUCAAUAGGACGUUUCUUUCAGGGAUGUGAAAGUUCAAGCAAAACCAGCAGUUAGAUUUAACAGCCGAGGGUUUUUGUCACAGGAAUAACUUCUUGCUACCAAAAAGGGUUUUUUUAACGUGCCAAUUUUUUGCUUCGUGUAUAACUGACUUCACAAUAAAGGACAUUUAUUGAACUUCAUCGGCACAUCAGACUCUUCCGGCGGAGAAACAAACUCAUUCAUAAGAGAGCCAUACGUGAGUUCACGCUGCAGUCAAUAUGAGUCGACCGGCACACCCGACUACAGAAACUCUGCCAAACGCUUCGUUUACCUCCUAUAGGUGAAGAGAUCUUCCUCACCUUUGAUUUUGACCUCAACGGCUCAAGCAGGAAGGAAUGAAAGGAGCAGAUGCCACGUCCACGUCACCAGCCGGACAAGCUGAAACUUUUUGUUAUUUGUCUGUGGUUUUGUGUAACAGGACGGCUCACUGGCCUCGUGAGGAUUUUGGUCAGAUGGUUUUGAUGGGUCCGGUUUGAUCCAAGAACAGAUCCGAAAGGAAUUACGGCAGCUCGCUCUUCAGUUAUCUGACGUUGUUUUCUGGUGUUUUGUCAUCCCAUGAUUCUACUUGCACUUAAUAUGUUUAUAAAGAUUUAUAGUCAUGGUUGCUCCAAAGCUAAAAGUGACGCUUCCUACAACUUGUGUUUGUAUUUGGUUUAAUUGUUAACUAGACCGAGAGCAUUUUUAUGAUGAAAUGAUAUAUCACAACCUUUAUGCAGUUAUUAAAGCUGAGGUGUGUAAUUCAUCUUCAACGAAUCCAACUGCAAAAAUAAUGACGGGAUUUCUCUCCAUCUGGGAAACCAGAUAGUACCAACCCAAAUUCACAUCACUGUUGCCAUAUUAGGAUGCUGGGUCCAUGAGUGCAAUGUUUCGAUAGCAUCACUGUGUUUACUCUUUUUAUAGAAAUAAAACUUCAAUAUUAAGGGAUUGAAAACAAUUACACACUUCAGCUUUGUAUCAGAAGACAUUUUAUGUGUGAAAACUGCCAAUCCACAAAACAAAUCCCAUCAAUAACAAGACUUAGCUAAUGUCAAACCCCACACCAGCACCCGAAACCUUUGUAAUCUUCCACCAGAGAUGAAGGGAUGUGUUUUAGGAUGAGGAUGAUCAGCUGCCGCCUCUCUUCAUUCCCUUCCUGGUGCUACCACAGCUUGUGAGAUAUCUCGUAGAGGGUUUUGAGUAAAAGCUGAUGAACCUUCCUACACUUUACACUUGGGUGUCCAUUCUGGGAAACUUAUUCCAUCGUGUUUCCAUGUGUGGAAAUGAAGUAAUUUUGGGAUCAAGUAUCGGGUGCUAUUGGGAUGACCCAGAGUAUCUUUAAUAAAUGAUUUCUAUAUGCUCUUGCCUCAGAUAAGCCGUUGGCGACUUUACCGGUGGUUAGUUUGAGUAAUGAUAUUUCAUAAACACCAUUGUGUUAUCAUGGUGCUCACCAUAUCUAUUGGCUGAAGUUUUAUUAGCAUCUUUACAUCACUGGUGUUUAUUGGGGCUGCUGGUUUUCUUCUCGUUUUAUAUAACAUGAAAAUAUAAGGCGCAUAUCAAGCUACAACAUGAAUACGUUCGCCACGCUUGUUGAAUUAUAUCGCCAACUUUCUUCCACAGGUUAAACCAUAUAUAACUUACAUACAGUACUUGUGUAAGCUACCUGGUUAACACUAUAUAGACGUAGCGCUGCUCAUGAAUACCAGCUUUGAUCAAGGUCGCAUAGUUAGGCAGUACAGAAUACACAGAGAUUAACCGUUAGCUGUCUUUAACUCAGUAGUCUUCUCUGGUUCUGUGUUAACAUACAGUAUAGGUCAUAACCAAGAUAUUACGUAUUAUAUUACUCAACGUCUAAAUGUUUUGAUCUACAUUGUAAGCUACAGGUGAAGAUUCUGGAGAACAGAACAAAGAUGUUUCCCCGUUGGACACCAGGAGUUGUAUUUCGUGAUAGUUAAGGCAUAAAAACUCUCGCCAUCUGUUUUUGUCAUGUAAAGAAAAUUGGGAGGGGUAUUGAUCAGAUACACAUAUCUGUGCAGAUGUGUUGGUCGAUAGGUCCCAACACGAGGCUGAACAUUUACUGCCUUUGCAUCGGGUGAGAAUCCUUCAUGUAACUGCCAGAUGGCAGAUGGACCACUCGCUAGUCUGCUUAUGUAACUGUGUGUAGUUGUGUGCGUUUGUGUGUCCAGCCACAAACAGCAAGAGCGAAGGACAUUGACGGUGCGGAAAAAUCGCUGCGUCUGCAGAAAAGACGCCAACUGGAAAAUCAAGAUUUUGUAUUUUAUUUGUUAUUCAUUCUGCAAUGCAUACUAACAACAAAACAGCUGGUGGGUCUCUGUAGCACGUGGGCCAGAGAGGGGACCUGAAAUGCUUUUGUUGUUUUUCCGUGGAGGGGUGAAAAUCUCUCCAAACUUUUUCAGGAAUGUAUUUGUAUGAGGAAUACCGGAGUUUGACUGUGCCUUGGUGAGGUCUGAUGCUGUGCGCGGAGAUGCACAGAAAAGCAAAGGAAUGUUUCCGGUGUCGGCUUGUCUGAGUUCAUUUCGUCGGAGUGAAGGCCUUUUUUACGUUCGGCAGAUUUAAGGUCUAGCGUUUGCUAUUCUCAGAGUCUUUUGAUGAAUUUGAAUCUUAGGGGAACGGGGUGGGCGUCUUUUUUCCCAGUUGUCCUUUGUAAACGACUUUCAGCUACAAUUUUGUAGUUGUUUUUCUCUGUCGUUUUCAUCUCCGGGUUUGGAAACAGCGGGACGCUUUUAAUCAACAUGAUUACGGCUGAGUUUUUAAAGACCGGGGGAAACUUUUUUCUUACAAGAUGCUUAAACGGUGAGAUCAUUCAUUAUUCUCAGAGACUAAAACUUCAGCCUAACAGCCCAGAUCGUGCACAUAUAUGCUAAAAAUCUUGGGGUUAUGAAUUACUAGCUUGGUCCUAACCGCAGACAGCAAAUGACUCCGGGCCGGAUCCGCACCGGACCUACGCCGAAAUCAGCAGCUCCGGUGCGGAUCCGGCCCGGAUUCGUCUGCUGUCUGGUCCAGAUACAAGUUUAUGAGAUCACCUCCAAUGGGUUUGGACACAUGUUAGCUUUGUUCCUUAACCUAGCAUGCUAUGUUGUGCUCCCAAUGUGAACGUUGUUCCCUGAAUGAUAAAUCGAAGAAGAAAUCUAUUCGAAACAAUCAUUUUAUUCAUAUUAGGCUGAUUUGAUCAUUUAGUCUAAGACCAUAAUAUGUGUGCUGUAUGUACUUAUAUAUGUUUGUUGAUCAGUUCUGCAAUUCAGGAUGCUUACAAUUGUACAUUUUGGUUGGAUUUUGCAAGCUGUCUAUGUAAAGGGCAACACAGCAUGCUAUGGUUUUUCAACAUAGCUGUCGAUUAGAUACGAUUAUUUAAUCUGGCACGAGACGGUUAGGCUCAUUGCUCUGAAUGGAUUAUCUCACUGCUGAUCAUUGUCAAUCAAAAACCAUGUUAACCUCAAGAACUCAAAGACUGUCGCACUGGAUUUUUACACUUUUUCAAGUAUUUGCUGAUCUAAGUGUAUUUUUUAAUACUGCAUGUGCAUGCCGAUGGAAAAAAAGAAAAAAAUUGCCGAAUUUCUGAAUGUCGUUGGUGAUGUUUUAUCCGUGUAAACCGACACAGGGCAGGUAGGCUGCUGUUAGGACUUGCAAAAACCUCCUCCAUCCUGACUUCCAUUCAUUUCCAUCAUCCAGUUUCAGCACUGGGAAUAGUCUUACAUUUAAUGGUGUGGAUUCUGACGCGAAGGGCUUUUCCCUCAUGGGUUUAUCCCUUAAAGAAAUACAACUUUCUGAAAUGAUCUCGAGUAUGAAUAUACAGAGCUUUAGGGGAGUUAGCACAAGAGUCUUGAGCUGCUUUUAUAGUCAUUUUAUGGUCUCAUUUUUAGUCAUAACAGCUUGUGGUCACUGUGUGCUUUGACUAAAUCAUUCGGGGUUUAGACUGACAUGAGGGUGAGCAAACAACUGAACUUUUUGUGUGCACUGGGAGAGCUAAGAAAGCCAAAAGUGUGUGUGGUUUCUUCUAGACCUGCGCUAUACUUAGCAUCAUGUGCACACAUCCGUUGAUUUUAUAGACUGUUGCACAGGGUCGACCGCCCUAAAAACAAACACAUGCUGAUGAUAAUAGGAACAGCGUCUGACCUCGGUAGCAGAUAAUAAUGGCAUAAUAACAAAGACUAAAUAUAGGGACUGGUUGAUCUGAAGGACCAAUACAAGUUCUUGUUCUGCAGUCAGCCCAGACUGCUUUUUUAAGUUGUACGUUUUUUUGACAUUCCUGGUUUGAGAAAUAUGUUGUCCUCGGCACACGAUGCGUCAAGAGAAACUCAGGAUGUCUUCAUCUUUGCAUGCCGCUGCUAGCAGACACAGCAGUUAAGUUGUAAAGCCAUAAAAGAAAAGAGGUGUUUGGGGACCCAUUUACCAAAAUAAUAACGUCCCCAAAUUCCACAUCUAUCAUUUGACCAUUAAGCAAUGUUUAGAGUAUAUUACUGUGUAUUAUUCAUUAUUGCACAUUGACUACAUGUAUUUCAAAGCUUUUCAUGGAAGAAGGUACCCGUUUAUGCCAAUGUGAAGGACGAACUCUUGUAGAUGCAGCUAGCUAUAAACUAUAUUACAGAUUGCUCUCAAAACACGAUUGACAUUAGCACAAAAAAAUGAUCCAAAGAUUUUUCAAAUUCGACAUCUAACAUGAAAGGAAAGGGCAAGACAUUUAAUUUUGGUCAAUUUGUGAGAUGGCACUGUGAAAAAUUCAAAUAUGUCUAAACUAUCAAACCACAAGUUUCUAUUUUUAGCACGUGGAUGUCUUUGUCAUUGCUUGUGAUCUCAGCGGGGUUUAACCUCCCUCAAACCUUUCUUCAACAUCAACCCAUUAUAAUGCAAUGAAGAAAGAUUUCAGAUAUCUGUGGUGUGGAAUUGCUGCUGAAAGCUUGUAACCGGCAACACUUGACUCUUAAUGAAAUGAAAGAAAUGUAGCCCUGUUGUUAAACGGAGUCAAGCAUCAGCGGAGACGAGGGCCUUAAUUAGAAGAUAUUUUCAAGGCUUCAUGCCACUAGAGUUUGUGGUCGUGUCUGGUCUGUUCACUCGGAUACAAUUAUGCAAUUUUAUGCUUUAGUGUACAGGCUCAUAUGGCAACAUAUAUAGUAAGAUUGAAAGAAGUUAUUUUUACACCAUACAUUUACUGUGCACACACUUGUCUUGACUGUGGAUAGGAGCGUAGAGGGAGCUAAGAUGAUCUUAUACUGCAAUACAUUAACUGAAAGCACUUCGCUAUGUGUAUAUUUGUGUCUUACCACCACGUUGAUCUAAUUGCACCGUUUUGUUCCCUUUUUAUUUUCCUCAAAAAGAUUUUCAUCUCCUAUAAGGGAGGAAACACUCGGUGACUGUUAUUCUUCUUCUUAUCUCACUUGCUGGCUGUAUUAUUCGUUUUUACUCUGAGCUGUGUGUAAAUAGAAACUGCCAUUGUAAUUGUGCUACAGUGACAAUGUUGUGGUGCUUGUCAGUGCCGCUGUUGUUUAUAUUGGUGUGAAACCUUUCGAAGGUGCCUGUGUUACUAUGAGCUCCUGGUUUAUCGUCACAGAAAAAUAAAGUUUUUCGGCAGCUGUUUACUAUA